AUGGCACUUAUAUGGCUGAAGCUAAAAAGACUAAAAGAUGAGGCUAACGGUCUGAACAAGGCUAUGGCAAGCUAUGAACAAAGACUAACUCAAAUUAGGCAGAGUCUAGAAUGUGUUCAAGCAGCUCUGGUCACUGAUCCCUUUAAUCAGCUGUUGAUUGAGCAGGAGAAGCAGAAUAUGAGUGAUUUGGAGAAAUUGAGUACAAUAGAAGAAAGAAUAUUGAGGCAGAAAUCUAAAGCAACAUGGAUUAGAUUGAUGAAGCAAUUAGGGAUAUUCCAAAUGGAUAAAGCCCCUGGAGUGGAUGGUUUUCCUAUAGAAUACUUCACCAAGCAAUGGGAUACUGUGAAGCAGGACAUAUAUGAGGCUAUGUCGUAUUUCUUUCACACAGGUAGAAUGAUGCCAGCAUGGAAUUGUACUGCUAUUACACUGAUUCCUAAAAUCCCAACUCUAUCUAAAGUGAAAGACUACAGGCCUAUAGCAUGCUGCACUACAUUGUAUAAAGUUGUUGCAAAGAUACUUACUAGAAGAAUAAAGAAGGUAAUAGAGGUGUGUAUGCUAACUAAUCUUGGGUUCCCCCAAAAGUUCAUCCAUUGGGUAAUGGAGUGUGUUUCAACAGUGUCUUACUCAUUGGUGCUCAAUGGUGGCCUUACCAAACCAUUCCAGGACAAGAGAGGGAUUAGGCAAGGAGACCCCAUGUCUCCUUACCUAUUUGUCAUUGCAAUGGAGGCAGAUAUAACCUCAGUAACCAAAAUGCAGGAAACUUUUCAAAGAUUUUCUGCUGCAUCCGGCCUUCAGGAAAAUGCAGACAAAAGCUCCAUGUACAUUGCUGGAGUACACCAGGACAUCAAAGUCUCACUGCUCAACCUAACAGGGUAUACAGAGGGAUCAAUUCCUUUCAAGUAUCUGGGAGUUCCAUUGUCUGCAAAGAAGUUAAAUAUUCACCAAUGUUUGCCACUGGUGGAGAAGAUCACUGAGAGAGUUAAUUGUCGAACAUUCCUUUGGACUAGCUCAAGUGCUACAUCUAGGAAAGCACUGAUAGCUUGGGACAAGGUCUGUCAACCAAAAGCAGCCGGGGGAUUAAAUGUUAUCAACAUGAGGCUAUGGAAUAAAGCAGCAAUCCUGAAACAAUUGUGGGCACUGACCAUGAAAAAGGAUGCAUUAUGGAUCAAAUGGACACAUUGCUAUUACAUAAAGCAGAAGGAAGUUGACACAAUGGACACACCUAAUACAACAGCUUGGGUGGUCAGGAAGAUCAUAGAAGCAAAGAAAGAUUUAUUAAAGGUGAGCACAGUGCAGACCAGCCUUACUACAGCAUUAGCAGAUAUGGAGAAGCAAGGCAGAUUUCAAAUUCAGAAAACCUAUAUUCAGAUGCUGCCUCAAUUUCCAAGCUAUAACUACUGCAGCUUUUGCCAUGGUAGUUUGUUGUAUUUGGCGAGAAAGGAACUCCCUCAGAUUCAACAAAGGCAGAUAUGUUGCAGAUGGGAUAUGCAGGGAUUGCCCUACACAUGCAUGUACAAGGAAGAUCAAAUAGUAAAUGGCAACCAACUUUGCAAGGAUUGA